AUGUUGGUCGUUCAGUCUGGAAAGGGCAUCUCAUACCACAAGAUGGGCACGGAUGGCUGCGUCGCUUCGACCAAGAUGCUCCUCUCCCAGAAUAACCUGAACCAUGGUAUUGCCAUGAGUCCUGAUGGCAAGACGUUGUAUGCCAGCUCCAUGACCCAGGCUUACUCAUGGCCUUAUGAUGCUGCUGCUGGCACUGUUGGUACCCGAGCGACCAUCAUCACGGGCAUGUACAAUGGAGGCUCCCACUUGACACGUACAUUGGCCAUCGCGCCACAAUCCCCAAACUUGCUCGUAGUAUCACAUGGCUCCAACGCCAACAUCGACACGGCCACCGGUGACUCAAAGACUGGUCGUGCCAUCAUCAAAGUCUUCGACCUGAAAGCAGUACCCAGCGGUGGGUACAACUACGUCUCUGGUGGCUACCUUGCUGGUUAUGGACAGCGCAAUGAGGUCGGUAUGUGCUUUGACAAAAACAACAUGCUCUGGGGUGUCGAAAACAGCGGCGAUGAUUUCAAGCGCACAGUGAACGGCCAGGCCAAAGACAUCCACCAAAACAACCCAGGUGAGAAGAUCCACUACAUCGGCGACGUCACCAAGCCCAACAACAAUUGGUACGGCUAUCCAUCUUGCUUCACCGUGUGGCAACCCUCGGACUUCACCGACAAGACUUUUAAGGUCGGCGACUUCUUCGUUCCGUCCCCCAACACCACCUUCAACGACGACACGUGCAACCAAAAGGCCGUCGCUCCCAAGAUGACACUGUUCCCUCACUCCGCACCCAUCGACUGCAAGUUCGACGCAGAUUCUAGCACCAUGUAUAUCACGUACCACGGCUCUUGGAACCGCUCACCUGUUACGGGCUUCAAGCUUGUCGCAGUCAGCUUCAAGCUUGGUGCUGAUGGACUGUACACGCCAACUGAACCGAUCACGAGCACGACUGCAGCCAAGGAUAUCUUCUACAACCCCAGGGUUGAGAGCUGCCAGGGUAACGGACCGAGCUUUAGCUCCGGAUGCUUCAGGCCUGCGGGGCUGGGGUGGGACUCGCAGGGUAGAUUGUACAUGACCAGUGAUACGUCGAGCAAUGGUGAGCUUUGGGUGUUGGGCAAGUCGUAG